AUGCUUGAUGGAGAAACUAUGACGCGGGAAAGAGAAACUGCUAAGCGGCAUAGAAAAACUAAAAAGCAUGGUAAAGACACUGAAAAGCGUGAUAGAGAAUCUGAGAGCGUUAAAGAUAAACUGAAAAAGAAACUGAUCAGGAGGAUAGAAACAGCGAGACGGAGAAGCGGAAUAGAAAAUCUGAUAAUAAGCGGGAUAGAUAUUUUAAAAAGCGUGGUAAAGAAACUGAGAAGCGGAACGGAAAAACUGAUAAUAAGCGGAAUGGAGAAACUAAGAAGUGUGAUAGAGAAACUGAGAAGCGGGAAAGAUGAAGGCAGAAAGGUUAUAGAGAAACUGAGAAGCUUGAUGGAGAAACGGAGAAGCGGGAAAGAAGAAGGGAGAAUGGUUCUAGAGAAACUGAGAAGCUUGACGGAGAAAUUGAAAAGCGUGAUAGAAGAACUCAGAAGCGUGAUGGAGAAACUGAGAAACAGGAUGGAGAAACUGAGGUGGCGGAAUAGAGAAACUAAGAUGCGGGAUAGUGAAAUUAAGAAAAGUAACAGCGGAACUGUGAAGCAGGAUAGAGAAAAUGAGGAAUGUGAUGGAAAAAAUAUGACGCAAAAAGGAUAA